AUGAGUCAAACAAAGAGAGUCUUAUUUUAUGUUGAUAAGAGUAAAAUUGAAAAAAUUGGAUGGGAGAAUUACAAGAAGGCGGAGUGUGCUAUUAAAGGGCAGAAUUAUACAAUUGAAGUUGGAACAAAGUAUUAUGGGGAGUAUGACUAUAUCUUCACUUCGGCAUCCCAUUGCGACAAAACUUCAUACGUUGACCUUGUGAAUGCAAACACACAGAAAAUGUAUGCCGACGAUGUAGAAACACAAGAACAGCUACUCUCGAGAUACCGCCUGAAUGAAUUACUUUCAAAGCAUCAUAUUAGUAUCCCAAGUUAUUCAUAUUGUCGAUGUCAAGAAGACCUUGAGAAUGUCGUAUCUACUCGCAAAGUAAAUCUUCCGUUAAUUGCAAAAUGCGACGUUUCACAAGGGGGGUCGAGACAAAUGUCUAUUCUUUUUCAGCCCGUAUUAAAUACAAUCAAUUACCCAUGUUUUGUACAAGAAUAUUUAGACCACGACGGUCUCAUUUUGAAAAUUUAUUUAAUUGGUCGGAAGGUGGUGUUACAAGAAUGGGAAGAUGCCAUCGAAAACGUUGACGCAUCAGUACCACAGACUACUUUCAAGAACGAAAAAGCAAAAAUAGCGAAGAGAACAAUUCCCCUUAAUCAAGAUGAUGUGCUGAACAUCGCAUAUAGCGUCUACGACUCGUUAAAACUCCCGUUCCUCGGUGUCGAUGUCGUUUUGGAUAAAAAGACUCAAAAGCUCUUUGUCAUCGACAUAAACCUCUUCCCAUCGUACCACAAAAAAUUCUCACCCAGUGACCUUGUCACACUAUUGCUAAGUCACUGA